UCUCUCUCUCUCUCUCUCUUUUUUCCUUUUCUUUUUCUGCUUCUUUUUUACGUCAAUCAACAAGUUUUGCGUUUUGAAAAGAAGAGGACAAUCCACGUGUGAGGGGAUCCAUCUGUCUUGGAAGAUAGAUUGACGUUUUCAUCGCACGAGUAAAUCCUCUUCGGUGAUUAUGGCGCAAACUUAUAAUCAGAAGAAGAACGUUUAUAGCAUCGAUCAAAUUUUGGGCCACGGCAAGGACGAAGAUCAUGCGACGUCCUCGGAUACCGUCGGCGAUAAUGGCGACACCGAGCUGGGACAUCUGAGCGAUCAUCAGAUGAGCGACGGUCUUCACGACUCGUUGAAUCUCGGUGAGUCCGACAGGCCACGAAAGGUUCGAAGGUCGAGGACAACCUUCACUACUUAUCAGCUGCACGAGCUGGAAAACGCCUUUGGAAAGACGCAAUAUCCGGAUGUUUUCACCAGAGAGGAACUGGCGAUGCGUUUGGAUCUUUCCGAAGCUAGAGUUCAGGUAUGGUUCCAAAAUCGUCGAGCUAAAUGGCGUAAGAAGGAAAAAGCUCUCGGAAGGGAUACAAGCUUUAUGCACGUCGAGCAAGGGGGUGUGAACGAGCUGUCCCUACAUGCACGUCUACUCCAAUCGGCCGGUGGUGUACCAGGUGCGGAUCCAUCGGGUCCACCGAGUGGCGCCUUUCCGUGGUUCAUACCACCGGUUUUCCCACCCCCGUGGCCAGCAAGCGCACCGAAAUUACCACCGUUGCACGCGAUUCUUUCGCAGUAUAUAGGCCUACCUUUACCACAGAAUUUGGCGUCUUUAAGCACAGUAUUACCUGUAGGUCUAAAUCCAGGAGCUUCUUCUCUCAAUCAUAGCAACGUCAAUGGUCAUACCUUGGGGAAUCAUUUGCACGGACAUCCAUUGAAUCUUGGAGUACAGAACUUACCGCAAAAUUUAAGCUCGAAACACGAGAAGGAGGAGGACUCAGCGUCGUCGGACGAUGAAAUGAGAAGACAAAGCGCGGAAGUUCUCAGAGUGAAGGCUGAAGAAGUUUUACGUAAGGCAGAUAAUUAAUGAACGAGUUAGGAGAAUGAGUUGUUCUUUUUUUCUUGAUGGUUACCGUUCGAUGACUGGGAAUAAAAAAAAAGAGAAGGAAAGAGAGA